AGUGAAUCCGUUUGGUUUACAUUUACACAGCGCAGCGGCCUUGCUGUGUCCCAGUGAAUUUUUCAGCCAGAGAAGCCGAAUAAAAGAAACAUUUCUGUAAGAAAAAAUUGAUUUCCAACUAUUUUAGGUGAGCGUCAGGCCCCCUCCCCGAAAAGUGACCGAAGCAGCCGUUUUACACGACACAGCCAUGGCAGAUUCCAGCAGCAGCGCAGCAGCCGCCGGAGCCGCAGGCUCAAAUAGCGGCGCCACGGAGCCUGGCAACGCCGCGGCGCCCGGAGGAGCCACCGAAGCGGCGGGAUCCAAGCCCGGCCUGGAGUCGGUGAAGGGGCAAAAUUUUGACGUCGGUCCGCGCUACACCGACCUUUUGUAUAUCGGGGAGGGGGCCUACGGAAUGGUGUGCUCGGCCUUCGAUCACGUGAACAAGGUGCGAGUGGCCAUCAAGAAGAUCAGCCCGUUUGAGCACCAGACGUACUGCCAGCGCACGCUGCGCGAGAUCAAGAUCCUUCUGCGGUUCCGCCACGAGAACAUCAUCGGCAUCAACGACAUCCUGAGAGCCCGGCACAUCGACAACAUGAGGGACGUCUACAUCGUGCAGGACCUGAUGGAGACGGAUCUGUACAAGCUGCUGAAGACUCAGCAGCUGAGCAACGACCACAUCUGCUACUUCCUGUACCAGAUCCUGAGAGGCCUCAAGUACAUCCACUCUGCCAACGUGCUGCACAGAGACCUCAAGCCCUCCAACCUGCUCAUCAACACCACCUGCGACCUCAAAAUCUGUGAUUUUGGCUUGGCGCGGAUAGCGGACCCAGAGCACGACCACACAGGCUUUCUCACGGAGUACGUGGCCACACGCUGGUACCGCGCUCCUGAGAUCAUGCUCAACUCCAAGGGCUACACCAAGUCUAUCGAUAUCUGGUCAGUGGGCUGUAUUCUGGCGGAGAUGCUGUCCAACAGGCCCAUCUUCCCUGGGAAGCACUACCUGGACCAGCUCAACCUCAUCCUGGGCAUCCUGGGCUCCCCCUCUCAGGAAGACCUGAACUGCAUCAUCAACCUGAAGGCCAGGAACUACCUGCAGUCCCUGCCGCAGAAGCCCAAGAUCCCCUGGAGCAAGCUGUUCCCCAAGGCCGACAACAAGGCUUUGGAUCUACUGGACCGUAUGCUGACCUUUAACCCCAUCAAGCGCAUCACAGUGGAGGAGGCUCUAGCACAUACUUACCUGGAACAGUACUAUGACCCCACUGAUGAGCCAGUUGCAGAGGAGCCCUUCACCUUUGACAUGGAGCUGGACGACCUGCCCAAGGAGAAGCUAAAGGAGCUGAUCUAUGAGGAAACGGCCCGAUUCCAGGCCAACUACCAGGGCUCCUGAGUCACUGGCCCCCGCAGGGAGAGAGCUAUGAAGACUGACGAUAAAGCCGCUAAACUAUCCGAACAAGAAGACUCCGAACUAUAUACACAAGUACAGUAAAUUUACAGUAUACAAAAAAAUCGAGCAAUGUCCAUUUAAAAAAAAAAAAAAAAAAAAAAAAAAAAACAGUUUACUUUUCGUUUCUUACGAGGGGAACCUGCGCGUUCCUCUGAGUUUCUGUCCGUGUCGCAGCUUUAAGAGUUCCACAGUAAGCUGAUCGCUAUUGGUAUCAGAGCCGGUUUUAGUCCUUGCUUGGAAUGGUUUUUUUUUCUUCUUUUUUUUUAUCUCUCUCUUUCUCUCUUUCUUCACGAGCGGGGUCGCUUCUUUUUGGACGGCAGACCCACCCCCCUCCUGCAGCCGCCCGGCUUGGCUCUCCUUCAUUUCCGUCUCUGUCGCUACCUCGCGCCGAGCGAGCUGUUAACGUACUGUCGCGUCUGCCACACAAACGUGUAUAUUACUGUAUUAACAACCCCCCCCCCUUUCCCUCGUUGUUUGAGCGGGCGAGAGCCAAGGGGAAGGGGCUUUUUUCGCUCUGUAUAUAAAUCAUUAUCGGUUCCGCGCGAGCGUGUCUUUAAGAGGUGUGUGUUAAACCACGAAUUACGAACAAUUACGAGUCAGUACUGAAGAAUUUACAUCAGCUAUUUGAACGCUUUCAUUUCGACGGUUGUUUUUAUUCUUCGAAGAGCGCAAACUUGAUAUUCUACGGGCUUUAUAAAUUAGCGCUGUACAUUUUGAAAGUGCGUGUUGUUGGCAGUUGAUUUGCGGUAGCAGCUGAGGAGCUUUGUGUUUUAUUGCUGAGCCCAAUGAGCUGUCUGCUGCUAAUGAACUAAGUUUCUCUCUCUCCCUUCUCUGCCUCUCUGAUUUUACAUUCCCUGCUCUCUCUCUCUCUCUCUCUCUCCCUCCCUCCCUCCCUCCCUCUCUCCCCCUCCCUUCCUUCCUCACUUUUUCCCUAGCCUUUCUUUGUCUUCUGUUAUUCCUUUUCUGGGAGUUGUGUGUUUUUUUUCUGUAAAUAUUCUUUAUACAUCUUAAGUUCGUUCAGAACAAAAUCAAGAUUUUCGAUUUGUGCUUGUUAUGAUAAUGGUUGCCACGCUUAUGGUUAAAUUUGCUUUUAUCGGUUCACUGUAAACUUUUUUUGUCUUUUUUUCUGUUUGUGAGUGUGUCUUUUUGACAACAAUUUGU